AUGAACACGCCAGCUGCGAAGCGGCGACGCAUCGAGGCGACCAAGACGCUUAGGAAGCCGUUCCGGUCACCACUCAUAUCUCGGAGGGGCGGUGACAAGGACGAAGCCAAGACGGGUUCCGAGAAGGAGGGUGAGGAAGGCCAAUCAUCCGCGGACAACAGGACCAACACAACAGCAACACCAUCACCACUGCGCACCAAGGUUCCCAGGAGGGCGGUCGACACUCGGACGCCUUUCAAAUCGCCGUCAGUUGCCGUUGCUUCUUCUUCUUCUUCUUUUUCUGCUGCUUCUGGUCUCGAAGGGAAAAACCCCCGGCCAAAUCCCGAUCCAACACCAGACGGGACUAGAAAGGCGGGGCCAUCGUCGCAAGUCGCGGCUGGAGCAGUAGUUCGGCCGUCGGACGAGCAGCUAAAAAGGGCAAACGGCGACGCAGCGGGUGCUGCCGCGGAUGGUGACAAUGAACUGCGGCAUCUGAUUGUCAAGUGGAAGGCGGCGAGCCGACUGGCUGCAGAGAUGGUGUUUGAUAUUGCAAAACAGAGAGUCGACAGCGCGGGCGGACCUAAAGCCUGGAGACAACAGCAGAAAAGUUGGGACGAUCCGGCGUCGGGAACGAGGGGAUCCGACGAUGAAGAAGGACGAGAACUAGGGGGUGAGAAUCAUUAUGAUCACGACGGAAGCAGCUGCGACAACAACGGGCGUGUUUCCGAUGACGAACAUGAACCGGCUUUUACAAUUGGCACGAUGCUCAAGACUAUGAACAUUGAUCCUACCUUGCUCGGAUACGACGAACACGAGGACGCGUGGAUUGAUUGA